AUGACGCUGCUUCUGACGCCGAACAUGGGCGUGUUGUACGUGUUCCUGUCCGCUGGACAUUUGCCGCGAUGCACGUCGAAGGGACCUACGGAAUUUGAGUUUCCGACGGAUUUGACACCAUGUCCUUCCUACCUGUCCCAGUUCCAGUUCCAGUCCAAAUUUAUCGCCAUUGAAGGAACGGCAAAUCCGAGAUCGUCGGGCCUGAUCGAGCUAGUCAAAACAAAGUUGAAGGGCGAUCGGGGUCUCCUGGGUCGGCCUCGUCAUCUGGGUCGGCCUCGUCAUCGCUCUCCCGCUCUGGCGCUCUCCCAAAGAUCCCAUCGUCAAUCCGUGUCUGGCCCAACUCUGGUCACGCCUCUGACUCGCUAG